AUGUCAGACUCUGAGCACGAAUCUUCCGCCUCUGAAUCUCCUGUAACUAAAACGCGACGGGUUUUACGGCAGCUGUCCCGCAAGUCUGAAAAGCAAGGCAACGGAACCGCCGUUCACGAGGACAAUGCAGAAGAGGAUGACAUCGAAAAAUCAAAUAACCAAGAAGGACCGGGAAAAGGGAACUACCAAGAAAAGCAAACGGGCAUGCAAGCAAAAUAUGUUUCUUCAAAGCCAAACGGUGGUCCUGUGAAUCCACCUAAGACUGCAGUAGCUUUGCAGCACCCAAAAUAUGAUGAAAUGGUAGAACAAGCAGUUAAAGAGCUUGUUGAGAACCAACGAACCGGAACAUCGAUUCAGAAGGUUAUGAAAUUCAUCGAGAAUAAGUAUUCUGUUCCUGAAGCUAAGGCAAAGUUAUUUUGCAAAAAAUCAAUUCAAAAAGGUCUCAAGAAUGAAACGUACGUCAAAACCAGCGGUAUUGGUUUGACCGGAUCGAUUGAUUUUUCAGCCUCUUAUAAGAAAAAGAUGAAACGAGAGCAAAUGAAAUUGAUGAAACUCCAAAACCCUAAAGACUUGAAGAUAAAAACGAAAGCUGUUGCUAAGAAAAAUGUUCCUAAUCUGAAGGCAAAACCGAAGACGAAAGAGUUUUUCAGUAUGUUUCACGAAUAA